AUGGCCAUUGGAAAUUUACUGCAGAACGGUGAAAGGGCGUUAGACCAAGAUCAUUUAGAUGAAGCUGUUUUCAAUGCCAACCAAGCGUUGAAAGAGAACGAAAACUCUUUCAAAGCUUUAUAUCUGAGAAAUAGGGCAUAUUUGAGAUCUAAAAAAUACGAUUUGGCGAUUGAUGAUGCAUCAAAGCUGGUCACUGUGGCACAAAACAGUGGAAAAAGAGAAGAUAUUGCUCUUGCUCUAAGACAAAAAGGAGUUUCGUUGUUCAGAGUAUCGCAAAAUGAAUCUGCUUAUGAGCAUAUUAGUCAAUCGGAGAAAUUAAACCCUAAGGAUCAAGAGACUCUGAUGCUGAAAAAAAUGAUUGAAAACCGCUUGAAAAAGCAAGGAACUCAAACUCUUCCGGAAUCAGUCCCUCAGGAGAUCCAUUCCCCCAAAACCCAGGAAUCAAAGCAGAACUUAAAAGUUGAUUGGUAUGAUUCGAAAGAACUUGUUAGUAUCUCAAUUUUUGUGAAGAACAUUCCUUCAGAAUCGUUGAAAGUUGAGUUUUCAGAGCACUCCGUUGAUGUGAGCUUCAAAACCAAAGACAGUUCGGAAUUCAACUACAGUCUAGAUCCUCUUUAUGGGCCGAUUGACCCCGAAAAAUCUUCUUUCAAGCUAUUUGGUACCAAGUUAGAACUAUAUCUUUCUAAAAAUUCAGAAUCUACUUGGAAAAGUCUCGAAAAGACAGGAGAGGAUUCGAGCUUCUCUCAAAUUCCAAAAGACGAUUUCUCUAGUUCAACAUUGAGUUACCCAUCUUCGUCACGUAAAAAAAUCAAUUGGGACCAACUUAAUAUUGAUGACGAUAACGAAUACUCAGAUCAAAAUCCAGACGAUUUCUUCAAGAAGUUGUAUCAAAACGCAGAUGAAGAUACGAAAAGAGCAAUGAUGAAAAGUUAUCUUGAAAGUAAUGGAACGGCAUUAAGCACAGAUUGGUCGGAAGUUGGUCAGAAAAAGGUUGAUACUACCCCUCCCGAUGGAGCAGAAGUCAAAAAAUGGUGA